CAGGCUGGGAAGCGGCGCCAUAUUGGCGUCGGCCGUGCUGUAUUGUCAUAAAUAGAGCCGGUUUUUGGUGUUUUCACUAUUCGGUUGGAUGCCUUGGCCAUAGUAAGUGAGAAAGUGAGGGAGCAGCGAGCUACAAGAGUGGAGGAAAGUGGACAGGGAGAGAAGGAGGGAGCAAGGACAGGACUCCAGAGCGAGAGACACUCGCCGGAGGAGGAGACGCAGGAAGCGAUGAAAGAGAUGUCUGCGAACACUGUGCUGGAAAGCCAGCGUCAACAAAAGCAUUAUGGGAUUACUUCUCCAAUUAGUUUGGCAUGUCCUAAAGAAAUUGAUCAUAUUUACACACAGAAAUUAAUUGAUGCCAUGAAACCAUUCGGAGUAUUUGAAGAUGAGGAAGAAUUGAACCACAGGCUGGUGAUUCUUGGUAAACUGAACAAUUUAGUGAAAGAGUGGAUUUCCAGUGUCAGUGAGAGUAAGAAUCUCCCACCUUCUGUUGUGGCUACUGUUGGUGGAAAAAUUUUCACAUUUGGAUCCUAUAGGCUUGGAGUACACACCAAGGGAGCUGACAUUGAUGCACUUUGUGUAGCUCCAAGACACGUGGAGAGAUCUGAUUUUUUUCAGUCUUUUUUUGAAAAGUUGAAGCAUCAAGAUGGCAUUAGAAACUUAAGGGCUGUAGAAGAUGCCUUUGUACCUGUUAUAAAAUUUGAAUUUGAUGGUAUUGAAAUUGAUCUUGUCUUUGCAAGACUGGCAAUACAAACCAUAUCAGAUAACUUGGACCUGAGAGAUGACUCUCGCCUGAGAAGCCUUGAUAUAAGAUGUAUUCGCAGCUUAAAUGGAUGUAGAGUUACUGAUGAAAUUUUGCACUUAGUGCCAAAUAAAGAAACUUUCAGAAUCACACUGAGAGCAGUCAAAUUGUGGGCCAAACGACGUGGUAUUUAUUCCAACAUGCUGGGGUUCCUUGGAGGUGUCUCCUGGGCAAUGCUUGUUGCAAGAACUUGCCAAUUAUAUCCAAAUGCAGCUGCUUCUACUUUAGUUCAUAAGUUCUUUUUAGUGUUUUCCAAGUGGGAAUGGCCAAAUCCCGUGUUGCUGAAGCAACCAGAAGAAAGCAACUUGAAUUUGCCAGUGUGGGACCCUCGGGUAAAUCCAUCAGAUAGGUAUCAUCUCAUGCCCAUAAUCACCCCUGCCUAUCCACAACAGAAUUCUACGUAUAAUGUGUCCACAUCAACUCGAACAGUAAUGGUAGAAGAAUUUAAACAAGGUCUUGCAGUCACAGAUGAAAUUCUCCAAGGGAAAUCAGAUUGGUCCAAACUACUUGAGCCACCGAAUUUUUUUCAAAAGUAUAGACAUUAUAUAGUCUUAACUGCCAGUGCGUCAACAGAAGAAAACCAUCUAGAAUGGGUUGGAUUAGUAGAAUCUAAAAUCCGUGUACUUGUUGGAAACUUAGAACGGAAUGAAUUUAUUACUCUUGCCCAUGUCAAUCCCCAGUCAUUCCCAGGAAAUAAGGAACAUCAUAAAGACAAUAAUUACGUAUCAAUGUGGUUCCUCGGAAUAAUUUUUCGAAGAGUAGAAAAUGCAGAAAGUGUAAACAUAGACUUGACAUAUGAUAUACAGUCAUUUACUGAUACAGUAUACCGACAGGCAAACAAUAUAAACAUGCUUAAGGAGGGAAUGAAAAUCGAAGCAACGCAUGUAAAGAAAAAACAACUUCAUCACUACCUUCCAUCAGAAAUUCUUCAAAAAAAGAAAAAGCAAAGUCUUUCUGAUGUCAGUCGGAGUUUGGUUGGACCGCAGCCCAAAAGACCAUCUCUGGAUGGCAGUUGCUUGGAUAGCUCCAGAGACACUGAUAACGGGACACCUUUUAACUCUCCAGUGGCAUCAGUCAAACCCUCCAAGCCUGACAGCCCUCCUGUGGGAGAAACAGAAAGGAACAGUGCUGAGCCUAGUUCUGUAAUUGUGGAGAAGCCACUGACUGUCCCACCAGCUCAAGGACUGUCUAUUCCAGUCAUUGGUGCAAAAGUUGACUCUACAGUAAAAGCUGUAUCACCCCCAGCGGUGUGCACCAUUCCUACUGUAGUAGGGCGCAAUGUCAUUCCUAGAAUCACAACACCCCACAACCCUAACCCUGCCCAGGGACAACCUCACCUUAAUGGAAUGUCAAAUAUAACGAAGAAUGUUACACUCAAGAGAUCCCAUUCCCCAUCCAUUGAUGCGUCUUCUAAAAGAUUGAAAGAUAUAGAAAAGUUUAUUCGACUUGAAUCAACAUUUAAGGACUCUCGUGCUACUCAAGACAGAAAGAGAAAAUCAGUGGACACCAUUGGAGGAGAAUCUAUGCCUAUUCCAACUAUUGACACUUCACGCAAAAAGAGACUACCCAGUAAAGAACUACCAGAUUCAUCAUCUCCAGUUCCGGCAAAUAAUAUCCGUGUCAUCAAAAAUUCUAUUCGACUGACCCUGAAUCGGUAAAAGCAGUGCCUCCCUCACUUAAGUGAAUAUGCAAUCAUUUAGUGUUGUAGAACCAGCCAGUCUUUUAAAAGGGAAGUGGCUGUCAUACAUAAUUUGGUGAAAGUUAACAGUCGUCGACCUGGUGACCCUGAGGUGGUUUCAGACUCUUAACAUCUGACCUGCAGAUGCUGUCUCAGUCUCUCACUGAUAGCUGCAUAUACUUCUCUGAGGAUCGCCUGCUGUCACAUUGUCACCCACAAUAUUAUGGCUUUGAGUUUGGAGGUUUUACUGCCUUAACUUUCAGUGCUUGUUUCUCUUAUGGGAACCAGUUCUUGGACACUUGGACACUGAUAAAAGAAGUCCUGAACUCCUUUUUUCUUUUUUCUUUUUUUUUCCAGUCUUAUGUUGUAAUCAUUGUAUAGAACUAAAAAAGUUUAAAACAAAAACAAAAAAAAUUGUCUUAUAAUUUCCCAGAUGUUAACACAUUUACUUUAGCAUUGAAGCCACUUUGUAAAACCUGAGAUAAAUGAAUGUGAGGUAUCUUUUCUGCUUUCCUCAUUUGUGUAGAUGUACUUAUUGUCUGUUCUCUUGAUUUAAAUUAUUUUUUUUUUGUCCAGAUUGGCACGUGGAAUAUUUAAACUUUUUUGUGUGUGUGCCUUUCUGUCCAAAUGUUGCAUAGUUAUCAGGGAAGAUUAGUCCAGUGAUUAUAGACAAGAGUUGGGCACCAUGAAUUCUUUAAUUUGCCUCCCAUGGAGGCCUUCGAAAUGCAUCUUUAUUAAAAUCAAAACACAACCAGGAUACUGAAAGUCAGUAUAUGAAUGGUGAAAUUGUUACAUGUCCUAUCUCAUGCCAUUCUUGUUAGUGGACUGGUAUUUUUUACAGAGAAGCAACUCAUUUCAGCAUCAACAAUACAAUACCAUUAAGUAUGAGACACUUGUAUUUUUGAGGUGUAAAAUUAAUCGGGCAUGAUAAUACCUGACCAUUACUUACCCCACAACUUCACUUUCUUCACAGACGAGGCAUGCAGAAAUAAGCAGUGGAUUUCUUGAAACCUUAGAGGCAUUUUUGAAUGACAUUGUUACCAACCAUUAAUUGGCUCAGGACCUUUGUAGUUUUUAUUUAACUAUCUGAGUUGUCUUUUUUUACACUGCUUUUUUCAAUGCAUUUCUUAAUAUUUUUUAAGUUUCAUGAACGCAUGCUCAGUUUAUUAAAAUCCAUAACCAUGUAAUUCUUGUAAUGUUUGAUUCAGUGUUUUGUAAAUGAAGUCGUAUGUAUUUUCAGAGUAUUUUUGUAUGUACUGUAAGAUACCAUCUUUUCAAAGAGAAAACUUUAAAACCUCUAUUGUCUCUCGUUAGUCUAAUUUUUUAAAAUAUGGAUUAUGCUUGAAUUAUUCUUAAGAUAGAAAUGUACAGAUUGCACAGCCCAGAAUGCCAAUAGAUACUACCUUCUUCAGCUCUCGUUCAGCAUUUUAUAGGCCUGGUAGGAAAACCACAAAAUGAUACAUUAACUGUUUAGUGGAAGAAAAUACUAGGUUUUAGGACUCGUCAGACACCAUCUAGCCAGUAGAAUAGUAGUAGUACAUUUCUCUUUCAAGCCCCUUGCCAUUAAGUUGGAAUCCUUAAACCCUGAUUGUCAAAAAGC